UAAAGAUGGGAUAACGUGUCACAGGGGUGCGGAACCAGCGCAAAUCCUGCAUCCCUCCCUUCUAGCUUUUUCCCCUUUCGGUUUCGGUCCACGUGGCUACCCCCCACCCGCAAUAGACAUACCGUUUGAUUCCUUUCUUUAUUCCACCAACUGAUACUAACCAGGACACGCUUAUAAAGACCCCCGUCGGUGAUGACGCUCCACUUCGGGCGUAGUAUUGGCCUCUCUCCGAACAGACUGAACUGGCGCCGUGAUCAGCGGGCGGCUACGGGUAGAUCACAGCGAGACAUACUUAUUUCAGUCCUAGGAAAGGCAUCGACACCGCCCGACAGUCGCUGACCCUGGGCAGUCAUGUCCAGCUCCCCUCCCGGUGAAUCUGCGGUCGGUCCAGUCAUUGAGGCCGACACUUCCGACAGGUCCGACACAGACUCUGCUCUCGACGUGCAAUCGCUCGGCUCUGACAGCGAGUCCAUCACUUCGAGCAUAUUGAGGUUUCGCCACGAGAAUGGCCGGACAUAUCAUGCUUACAAGGAGGGUUCAUAUGUCCUGCCAAACGAUGGUGCUGAGAUCGAGCGACUGGAUCUGCAACACAACAUUGUUCUCUUGACCUUGGGAGGCAAAUUGCACUUAGCCCCUAUCGGUGAGGAUGGAAGACAUGUCAGCAGGGUCCUGGACGCUGGCACUGGGACGGGUAUCUGGGCCAUGGAUUUUGCCGACGAGCACCCAGAGGCGCAUGUUAUCGGGAUUGAUCUCAGUCCUAUUCAGCCUUCGUUUGUCCCACCAAACGUGGGCUUCUACGUCGACGACUUGGAAGCAGAAUGGUCAUACACCGCGCCCUUUGACUUUAUCUAUGUCCGCACGCUGGCGGGCUCCCUCAAAGAGUGGCCCAAGCUCUACCGGCAGGCUUAUGACAACCUCUCCCCCGGUGGCUACAUCGAGUUGUUCGAGCCAAACUACCCCAUAGGGUCUGACGAUAACUCCUUGCCCGCAGACUCGGCGCUUCUCCGGUGGAGCCGGCUAUGGCAAGAAGGCGCCGCCAAGAGCGGCCUCCAGCUCCUCACGGCGGAGCAGCACAAGGCCGUGCUGGAGCAGACGGGCUUCGUCAACAUAGUCGAGCGCAACUUCAAGUGGCCCCUGAAUACCUGGCCCAAAGACCCCAAGUACAAGGAGCUAGGAUCCUGGGUGUACGAGGUCACGUCGUCCGGGCUGCAGGCCAUGACCAUGGCCCUCUUCACCCGCGUGCUGGGCUGGUCUGCCGAGGCGGUUGAACUUUUCCUCGUCGACGUGCGCAAGGACGUUGGAAAUCGCAGAUACCACGCGUAUUGGUCCAUCUUUGUUCUUUACGCUCAGAAGCCCGCAUAAUCUAGGCGGUUUUUGGAUGGCUCUAGAGGAAAAGAGGAUCGACAUCUCGCUUUGUAUUUCACACAUUCCUGUAACCGUCAUGUGCAUAUACUUCGGUGUGUACAUGAUGCCUUUGAAAAGACAUCCGCUGUGCUUCCUACGGUCAAAAUAUGCCCCCUUUUACAAUUCGCUAAUCGUGCUUGGG